CAGGCACUGCGGGGUGGGCGGAUGCUGGUGGUUCUGGUGUCGGGGUGACGUGGGACCCAUAGGUCCUGUAUCCGUGGCAGCGGCCGGUCGCGGUUACCGGAGAGAACUUUCCACCGACAGCCAUCUGGGCUGCAGCGCGCCGCCAAGACGGGUCGGCAGCCUACUGUUUCCACGUUCUUUCAUUCCACAACAUUAACAGAGUGCCGCUGACUUGCAGGCAACCUGCCUAGAUGCUAGGCUCACAGUGAACCAUCAUUCUGCUAAGCUGCUCCAGGGCAGGCACCAUGUUGCAUUCAUCUUUCCACCCCAGCAUCUAGCAGUGUUGGCAUGUAGUAGGCACUCAAGAAAUGUAUGUUGAAUGAACGAUGCCUGUGACAAGCAAUUGGACUUUAUUCUUUCCUGACCCUUGCUCCUAUGACAUACCUCCUGACUGCCACUGUCACCCCUUCAAAGCAGAACUUCUCUAGGGAACCUGGAAGGGAAACAGCUAUGGCCAAGGACAUCUUGGGGGAAGCAGGGCUGCACUUUGAUGAGCUGAACAAGCUUCGGGUGUUGGACCCAGAGGUUACACAGCAGACCAUAGAGCUCAAGGAAGAGUGUAAGGAUUUUGUGGACAAAAUUGGCCAGUUUCAGAAAAUAGUUGGUGGUCUAAUUGAGCUUGUUGAUCAGCUUGCGAAAGAAGCAGAGAAUGAGAAGAUGAAGGCCAUCGGUGCUCGGAACUUGCUCAAAUCCAUAGCAAAGCAGAGAGAAGCCCAACAGCAGCAACUGCAAGCGCUAAUAGCAGAAAAGAAAAUGCAGUUGGAAAGGUAUCGAGUUGAAUAUGAAGCUUUGUGUAAAGUAGAAGCAGAACAAAAUGAAUUUAUUGACCAAUUUAUUUUUCAGAAGUGAACUGAAAUUUUCAUAUUUAUAGCGGGAAGGUAAAAAAAAACACCACAAACAAACAAAACCUCUGUACCAUUCCAGUGACUUGACUGAUGACCAAGUAUGUAAUGGCAGUGUGUAAGGAGGCAGUAUUCCCAUCUGGGGCACCUCUGAGGCAGCUGUAAACAGUACCCAGCCACUAGUGGCAGGGCAGCACAAGCCUCACCUCUUGCAUUCUCAGCACAAACUAAGCAGCCUGUAAAAACUUUGACCCACUUUUUUUUUUUUUUUGUAAAUUCAAAAAGCUCUCGAUGAAAAGCAAUAAAUACCAUUUGCAAAUGG